UUAAUUUUUUCUCGAAACACGAUAGUUGCCAGUUUUGAUAAUUUUGCAGUAUGGGCUCGACCAGUUAUUUGGGAAAGCCAAAAUCUGCCGGGUAUAAAGGGAAGAGUGGCUCCAGCAUUGGUUCGGAUAAGGAGAUGAACGGGAAGCUGCGGAGAACUAAGAUAAGGCGACCAACGAAAUUGAACGAAUAUGGGCUAAAAAGGAUACCAGACUAUACAGAAUUGGCGUAUAAAGAAGCUGUCUCUAAAUUGAGAUAUUUUUUGUCUGGAAACUAUGCGCCUAGUAUACGCAGCUAUGGUGGUUCAGCAUCUAUAAAGAAUUUGGACGAGUCCGACGGAGAUCUAGACAAGAAAUAUUUAUAUCUGUCGGAAUACAAGCCGAGGCCGCGGCUGACUGCUAAGUACGCGACACUCUACGCCGACAGUCUCAAUAAUUAUACGCCGCAACAUGUCACUGCUGCUACUACGGCACCACCGGCGGCGCCCUCUACCGGCGAGUUGUCAGGUGGCACCAAUCCUGACGUCAUCAACUUCAUACAGAAGCAAGAAGAGUACAUCGAGCAGUUGGAGAGGGAGAGCCAAUACUGCAGGGAUGAGCUGAACAAUUUACUCGGCAAAGUGAAAGAGGUGAUAUCUGAGAACGAGCACUUGCACGAGGCGCAGAAGAACAAGCUCAUCUCCAGAAUGUUCCAUUCUUACAACGCCGGCUCCGAGACUGAUGAACUGGAUGAACUGGCUGAUAGCACGGGAUUGGACAGUGACAAUAACAAGACGUCUCCUAAAGCCAGGAAACCGUCAAAGUAUCGAUCAACUAGACUCGAAGGGCCGAAUAUUGUUUUCGAGUCGCGUAUAGCCGAGUUGGAGGCCCAGUUGACUCAGUCGAAGAUUGACCUGAAGAAAUUACAGGAGGAAAAUAAUGAGAACAAGCGUAAACUAGCCUCUGGCCUGGUUGACACAACCUGCUUAGAUGGCUUCAAAAGGCAAAUCGAUAAUCUGCAAAGAGACAAGUCGUCCUUGGAAAGUCAAAUUUCCAAAUUGAAGCUUAGCCUAGAACAGAAAGAUGGUGACUUGGACGGUAGAUACAAACGUGGCUCUGAUGUCAUAGAACAGCAGCUUAGAGAAGAAAGGAACAAUUUGGAAGCUGAAAUUCGUAGGCUCAAGGAUGAACUUGCUAAAGAGCGAUCAAAAAUACGCGAACUAGCGGGCGAAGGGGCCCGCAGAGCUAUACAAGAGAGGAGUGCGGCUGAACAGCGUUACAACGCUCAUUUCGAUGAAUUGCAACAUGAUCUCGCUGCCCAAUAUGACAAUGUCUCAAAGUUGCAGCUUGAUCUGGAACGUCAACGUCGAGAAGAAAACGAGCUGAAACGAGAACUCUCGAUGAAGAAUGCAGCACUAGAAGAACUUAAAAUGGAAUUAAAGAAUAAAACGGCUUCAUUGCAAGCAGAUCUAGCUCAAGCGCACGCUGAGAAAGCUUCGCUUGAGGAGGAACUAGCCAGCGCAAGACUGGCCAUGGAGCGUCAACAGCGACAAGCUAAACAUGAGGCCAAUCGUCUCAAUUCUGAGAUACAGUCUCUCCGUCAACGUCUGGAUCGAGCUGAUGCAGACUUGGUUCAUUCACGCAGAGAGAAUCUACGUCUCACUGACCAAAUUGCUACGUUGGAGAAGGAAUUAAACAUGAAAAACUUGACACCGAUAUCGCCUGAGAAAAUUAAGAAGGAGAAAGAAUUGUCAACAAUGCUCGAGUCUAUGGAAAACAAGCAUGCUAAAACGGUCGCUGGGUUGGAGUCCAUGAUACAAUCACAAAACAGUCUGAUGGAGAAACUCACCGGCGAAUGUCGUUUGCUAACAGACAAGCUCGACGACGCAAAUCGUAGGCACAAGGAAGAACUGGCCGCUCUGCAUCGUCAAGUAGAAAGCCUGGGGAAGUCGCUACAACCGGCUGCCACGCAUUCACCUAGCACUUAUCAAGCACCUACCACGCACAGUACCACAGCCAGCAGAGAUGUACCCCAUACCCCGCCCAAUACCAGACCAAACAAUACCGGAGCUGACUCCGCCAGAUACACCGAAUAUGGUGACGCACCGCUCCCAAGCAUCCGACCAAACAGAGUCGACGGGGACGACGACCAAGCAGUCAGAACAGUAAGGCAAGACUCUAGAACCACUUUACAACCAGAUAAAAUAAAUACCGAAGAAGUCAUUGAUAAUAAUUAUGCAAAUAUAACACCAAACGAAGAGGUUGUUCAUGAUUCAGUACCCAAGGAAGAAGAAAAGCAAAUGGAUGUUGAACAUAAUCAAGAAUACGAAAAGGAACCACAUUAUGAAGAAGAAAAUUUAAAUUAUGAUCAGAAUUAUGAACAAGGACAAGUCGCAGCCGACAACGAAUAUCAAAAUCAACAAUAUGAUCAAAAUUAUGAACAACCAGCUUAUACGGAACAAUAUGAAAAUUAUGAACAAUAUCCACAGCAAUAUGCCGACCCUAACGCGCAAUAUGAAGGACAAUACGACAAUUACGCUACUGAUGGAAACUAUCAAAAUAUUCAACAGAAUUAUGAGAACACUGAUUAUAAUCAGGAAUAUGGUACAGUAAAUGAGCAGGAACAGAAUGUUGCAAGUGAAAACAAAAGAAGCAAUUCGCCUAACGAAAAAGUAUUUAAUCAAAGUUAGCAGCAUUAUUAAUAAUUGCGUUUAAUUUUUGUGCAAUAUUUAUUUGUUUUUUAUUUUUAUUCAUAAUGUACUUGUCCUAGGAUUGAUUACGUUUCAUUACUAAGCUUUUGAUGUUAGAUAAGAUGUUAAUGUCGAUUAGAAUUGUCUGUAAAAGCCGAUUUACUAAAGUUCUAGCAUACCUAUUGCCAACUAAUUUGAUUACUACUACAGGGAAAGUCUAUAUGUCUAAUGUAGAAUAAAAUAGAAAAAACAAAAUCAGCGGUAUAUGGAUAUUUAGGUAAAAACCUAAGACCGCAGGUAAUAUUUUUAAUCUAUGGGGUUUUAAUUUCAGAUUAUGCGGAACAUUAUAAUUGACAUCUUAAUAAAACGACGUAUAUUAUCUACGUACAUUAAAUCUAAUAAAAUUCUAAAAUAUGUAUUGUUCACAAAGUAAUAUUUUUGCUCAAUACAAUAAUGUUUACGGAUGGUA